AUGGGGUUCUCGAAGACGCAGAGGAUCUGUAUUCUGCUGGGCAUAGACUCUGCCUUUUUCAUAGUUGAAUUGGUCGUUGGCUAUGCAGUGCAUUCUUUGGCCCUGGUGGCCGAUUCGUUUCAUAUGUUAAACGAUGUCAUCUCUCUCUGCGUUGGGCUAUGGGCAGUCCGUGUCGCCAAUACCGGAAGCUCGAAGAUGUACACUUAUGGCUGGCAGCGCGCCGAAACAUUGGGUGCGCUUGUCAAUGGAGUGUUUCUGGUUGCCCUUUGCAUGUCCAUCUUCCUGGAAGCAAUCCAGCGAUUUGUCGAACCACAGGUCGUCUCGAACCCUAGACUCGUCCUCAUUGUCGGCUGUCUGGGACUUGCCUCCAACAUUCUCGGGCUCUUCCUUUUCCAUGAGCAUAGCCAUAGCCAUGGCGAGAAGGAGGACUCACACGAGGGGGAUCCCGUGAGGUCUGCCGAGGAAGGCCAUGGUCAUGCCUACGCGGACGACGGAGAUACACGAAAGGUGGUGGACGAACACGGGAACAUUGAAGAUGUACUUCCACAAUUCCGAGUGGGCAGUUUCAGAAGCCCUGAGCGCCGUGCAUUCACAAAGUCUGAUGAAGAAAAUACAACCAUCUCAGCCAGAUCAUCCAACACGCCGAAUCGUAAGUCGAUCGCUAACGGCGAGAUUCAUACCCGGCACCGCCGUCGCACAUCGGGUUCUAUGGGUCGGGGUUUCGGCUCGGUCGAUAACAUCCACAUCCAUCCAGCGUCAUUCCGCCAGGAUAUCAUCCAGGCGGCGCGAUUGGAAGAGCAGUCGGAAUCUGAAGCGUCAGAAGAAGACGCCUUGUUGACGGAUCCGGAAUCACCGGAGCAACGUCAGGAAGGGUCCGCCAAUCUUCCUCAGUCGUCGUCCAAGAAUGCCAAGCGGUUUGCUGGCUAUGGUAGCAUCAGUAAACGAAGAAAGAGCGUUGACUACAACCACGCGGCACACAACCACAAUCAACAAGAUGAUGGCGCCAAAUCCGGCCAUGGACAUGGUGGGCAUGGCCACUCCCACGGCGAUCUGAAUAUGCGCGGAGUUUUCCUCCAUGUCUUGGGUGAUGCUCUCGGAAACAUUGGUGUCAUAGUGACUGCACUGAUUAUCUGGCUGACUACAUUCCCUGGUCGCUAUUAUUUCGACCCGGCCGUAUCGCUUGUCAUUACCGUCAUCAUUUUGGGUAGUGCCCUUCCACUCUGCAGAGCCGCUGGGCGCAUCCUUCUCCAGGCUGUUCCUGUGGGCAUGUCCAUCGACGAGAUCACAGCAGACAUCGAGUCCUUACCACGGGUUAUUGAGGCCCACCACCUCCACGUGUGGCAACUCAGUGACACCAAGCUGGUGGCGAGCUUGCAUGUCAAGGUUGACUGCGAGAUUGAUGGCACGGGAUCUGCCAGCUACAUGCAUCUGGCGCGGGAAAUUCGAGGCUGUUUACACGGCUACGGCAUCCACAGCUCGACCAUCCAGCCCGAGUUCGUGAAUGAGGGAGAUCCACAUUCUUUUGAGCCUGGAUCUGACGCUCAUGACGGGGCUGGAAAUGGGCAUCUAACUCCAAAGAACAAUGCAAAUGCCAGUAAGACGGCAAGUCUUCGGAGUGAAGGCAAUGCAGCAUGUUUGCUCGACUGCAGUGACAUGUGCGCUGGGAGCAAGAUGUGCUGUCCACAUGAUGGCAAGAAUGGAAAGAAAUGA